GUAUCCUAUACAGUCAAAUAUCCUUCCAAAUCCUGACAUCCUUCCAAAUCCGUGAAUCCUGACACCAUGAGCUACAAGGGCAGUUGCUAUGGGAGCCUAGGCUAUGGCUAUGGCUCUGGUUAUGGCUGUGGAUGUGGCAGCUACCGUGGCCUGGGCUAUGGCUAUGGAAGCUGUGGAGGCUGUGGUUGUGAAGGCUAUGGCUAUGGUGGCUAUGGCUACAGAGGCCUGGGCUGUGGAGGCUAUGGCUACAGAGGCCUGGGCUGUGGAGGCUAUGGCUAUGGAGGCCUGGGCUGUGGAGGCUAUGGUAGCUAUGGCUGCUGCCGCUCAUCUUGCUGUGGAAGAUAUUCUGGCUGCUACUAAAAAAACCACCUGCUACUGCCAUGUUGUGAAAUUCUUGCCCAAUCCAGACUGGAUUAACUCCUUAUCUUCCUAAGGACAUCACCUUCCAUCUACCUCUGCAGUUAGAUGGCAUAUAAGAAAUACCACAAAAAGUUUCAGAAUUUCUAUGGAGCACUCAGAGAUGUGAAGUACCAAGACUGAGAAGCAGUUGGAUCUGUCCUUCUGGGAAAAGAUGCAGAAUCUCACCCAUCAUGAGGCAGAUUUCCCUAAUGACAAUUCAUUCCCAGCAAGUUUGCUCAGCUCUGAUAUACUAUGGCUGAGAUAUCUGUUGUGAUUUUCUAAUAAACUUGCUUGACUGGCUUAGCAAAA